AUGGAUAGGGGUAUCUCGACAAAUCUAAAUGGAAAGGUGCGUGCAUGUUUGGGAUGCUCACAAGUAAAGACAUUGGCCGACUUCCGCAGAGACGGGUGUGAAAAUUGCCCGAUGCUGAACAUGAAGGGGAAUAUAACGAAUGUUAAUGAAUGCACCACGCCAAACUUUAGAGGCGUGAUUGCACUUGUUGAUCCCUCCAGUAGUUGGAUAGGCAAAUGGCAAAGAAUUUCUGAGUUCAAGAAGGGUAUGUAUGCGAUGACUGUUGAGGGUAUGCUUUCUGAUGAUUGCAUCCGAGAGAUUGAACAGAACGGAAGAACAUACCAUGAAAGAGAAGAGUCAUUUAAGCUGUAA